GAAGUUGGUGAUGAAAUGAAGAAAAAUAUUGAAACAUUGAAAGAAGAAGUGAGGAAGAUUCUUGCUUCUACUAUGGACAAGCUCUUGAAGAAAGCUGAAGUGGUUGAUUCAAUUCAACGUUUGGGUUUGUCAUAUCAUUUUGAGCCUGAGAUUGAUCAAGUGUUGAAGCAGCUUCACAAUGAUUAUGUUGAAAAUAAUGAAAUAACUCACAUUGAAGAUCUCCAUUCUCUAGCGCUACUCUUUAAUUUACUGAGACAACAUGGAUAUCCUGUUUCACCUGAUGUGUUAAACAAGUUCAAGGAUGAGAAAGGAAACUUCAGUGAAAGACUUGCUUCAGAUGUUGAAGGAAUGAUACGUUUGUAUGAAGCUUCACAUCUGAGUAUUCAUGGAGAAGACAUUUUAGACGAAGCACAUGCUUUCACCUCCAAUCAUCUUCAAUCCAUCACGGUUGAAUCAAACCCUUUUCUAGUAGCGAAACUCAAUCGUGUCUUAAAGCAGUGCCCAUAUAGGGGAGUGACAAGGCUAGAGGCACGAAAGUACAUCUCAAUCUACCAUCUUCGUCCUUCCCAUAGUGAAGUUCUUUUGGCCUUAGCAAAAUUAGACUUCAACGCACUCCAAAAACUGCACCAGAAAGAAAUUGGCAACAUCUGCAAAUGGUGGAACAGUUUGGAUGAGCCAAGAAAUCUAUCAUAUGUAAGAGACAGGAUUGUUGAAAAUUAUUUCUGGGGCCUUGCGACUUCUUAUUUUGAGCCUCAAUACUCCAAAUGUAGAAGCACCAUGGCCAAAGGAAUUGGCUUCUUAACUAUCGUCGAUGAUACAUACGAUGUUUAUCGAACCAUUGACGAACUAGAACUCUUCACGGCAGUAAUUGAGAGGUGGGAUAGUAGUUGCUUGGAUGACCUCCCAGGAUAUAUGAAGCUAAUUUAUAAGGAACUGCUGAAUAUAUUUGAAGAAAUAGGUGAUGAGGACAAGGGCAAAGAAGGAAGAUCAUAUUGUGUUGACUAUAUAAUAAAUGACUUUAAAAGGAUAAUGCAAGCCUUCAUGACAGAAGCGAGAUGGUUAUAUAGAAACUAUAUACCAACAACAGAGGAAUAUUUGAGCAUAUCGACACUAACUUCUUGUUUUACAUUCCUAUCCAUGUCUUCUUUCACUUAUAUGGGAGACAUUGUAGGUGAGGACAUUUUCAAAUGGGUACAAACCCAACCUAAAAUUAUGAAAGCUUCUUCUGUUAUUGGCAGGCUCAUGGAUGACAUCGUCUCUAGUGAGGAAUUUGAUGAUGAAAUGAAGAAAAAUAUUGAAACAUUGAAAGAAGAAGUGAGGAAGAUUCUUGUUUCUACUAUGGACAAGCUCCUGAAGAAAACAGAAGUGGUUGAUUCAAUCCAAAGUUUGGGUUUGUCUUAUCAUUUUAAGCCUGAGAUUGAUAAAGUGUUGAAGCAGCUUCACAAUGAUUAUGUUGAAACUAAUGACAUAACUCAUAUUGAAGGUCUUCAUUCUCUAGCUCUACUCUUCAAGUUACUGAGACAACAUGGAUAUCCUGUUUCAUCUGAUGUGUUCAACAAGUUCAAGGAUGAGAAAGGAAACUUCAGUGAAAGAAUUGCUUCAGAUGUUGAAGGAAUGAUAAGUUUGUAUGAAGCUUCUCAUCUGAGUACUCACGGAGAAGACAUUUUAGAUAAAGCAAGGGCUUUCACCUCCAAUCAUCUUCAAUCCAUCACCAUUGAAUCAAACCCUUUUCUAGCAGCAAAACUCAAUCAUGUCUUAAAGCAAUGUCCAUAUAGGGGAAUACCAAGGCUAGAGGCACGAAAGUACAUCUCAAUCUACCACCUUCGUCCUUCACAUAGUGAAGUUCUUUUGACCUUAGCAAAAUUAGACUUCAACGCACUCCAAAAACUGCACCAGAAAGAAAUUGGCAACAUUUGCAAAUGGUGGAACAGUUUGGAUGUGCCAAGAAAUCUAUCAUAUGUAAGAAACAGGAUUGUGGAAGAUUACUCCUGGGCUCUUUCGACUUUUUAUUUUGAGCCUCAAUACUCCAAAGGUAGAAGCAUCAUGGCCAAAGAAUUUGGCUUCUUAACUAUCAUCGAUGAUACGUACGAUGUUUAUGGAACCAUUGAUGAACUAGAACUCUUCACUGUGGCAAUUGAGAGGUGGGAUAGUAGUUGCUUGGAUGACCUCCCAGGAUAUAUGAAGCUAAUUUAUAAGGAACUGUUGAAUAUGUUUGAAGAAAUAGGUGAUGAGGACAAGGGCAAAGAAGGAAGAGCAUACUGCGUUGACUAUAUAAUAAAAGACUUUAAAAGGCUCGUGCAAGCCUUUAUGACAGAAGCGAGAUGGUUAUAUAGAAACUAUAUACCAACAACAGAGGAAUACUUGAGCAUAUCGACAGUAACUUCCUGCGUUACAUUCCUAUCCAUGUCUUCUUUCACUUAUAUGGGAGACAUCGUAAGUGAGGACAUUUUCAAAUGGGUACAAACCCAACCUAAAAUUAUCAAAGCUUCUUCUGUUAUUGUCAGGGUUAUGGAUGACAUCGUCUCUAGUGAGUUUGAGAGGAAAAGAGGGCACAUUGCCUCACUUGUGGAAUGCUAUAUGAAGGACCAUGGAGUGUCAAGACAGGAAGCCAUAGAUGAAUUGAAAAAGAUGAUUGAGAGUGCAUGGAAGGAUGUCAAUGAGGAAUGUCUUAGACCAACUCAAGUACCUAUGCCCUUUCUAAAGAUGGCUCUGAAUCUUGCUCGUUUCAUGGAUGCGAUGUAUAAGGAUGCUGAUAAUUACACUCAUUCUGGAGGAGCCAUGAAGGAGUACAUUACACUAUUGUUUGUGGAUCCUGUGCCAAUAUGA